UUUCAUUUACCGGAAGUAUUACAUCAACCCCAGUGAAACAGCAUUAGGAAAUCCAAGUUCUCAUUGGGGCCAGAAGUCUGUGUACGCCUAUUUCUCUCGUUGAGGUCUUAAUCUCCACAGACAGCCAUGAGUCUGCAGUGGACGGCCGUGGCGACGUUCUUGUAUGCAGAGGUGUUCGCUGUGCUACUGCUGUGUGUGCCCUUUAUCUCCCCCAAAAGAUGGAACAGAUUCUUUAAGUCCCGAUUUGUUCAAACGGUUACAUAUUAUGGAAACACUGCCUUUAUGGUGGCAAUUGCCAUCCUGGUCUUUCUUCUCAUUGAUGCCGUCCGAGAGGUGCGGAAGUACAGUGUGCAGGACACAGUUGACCUGACCAACAACCCGGUGGCUGUCGAGCACAUCCACAUGAAGUUGUUCAGGGCCCAGAGGAACGAGUACAUUGCUGGCUUUGCCCUGCUGCUCUGUCUGAUUCUGAGGCGCCUGGCCACCCUGCUCUCCCAGCAGGCCUGUCUCAUGGCUUCCAACGAGGCCUUCAAGAAGCAGGCGGAGGGCGCCAACGACGCCGCCAAGAGGUACAUGGAGGAGAACGAGAAAUUGCAGGAGGUGAGUUUAACGCAGCGUAACGCACGGCAUGCACCGGUGUGGCCUGACGCCAAACACCACGUCACACACUAAAACAGAACACAACAC